AAAAGCAAUAAAAUUAAUAAGAAAACGAACAUGGAUGAAGCUUUUCUCAGAGUCGAACAUCGCGUUGCUACAGAGAUGAUAGAGAAGAAUAAGUGGGGCAAAGAGCUAACCAAUGAAAAAUAUAGAUAACUCUCUUUAGAGACAGUCGAGACAGCAGUCACUUUGUUUAUUUACAAUAAUCAUAGAUGUCAUGUAGUAUUCUUAAAAAGUUUCUCAUUGUAUUUUAUAACACAUUUAUCCGAUGUCCGUUUUGAUACGAAAUCCCUGACCACAAAAAUGAUUGCGGCUGAAAAUUCAUUGUGCACCUCGCGGCCGCCGCGCUCUCGUAUGCGGCCCCGCAGCUGUAAGUCUCCAAAAAUACUUCGUUCCCGAUCUUCUCCGGUACGGGCAGCAGUUACAGCAACCAGCUGCUCAAGACAGCGCCUACGAAGCCCGUCCGUCAGUCCCCUGCGCCUCUCCCCGUCCCGCCCGCCCUCUCCUUACCGCUCAUGCUACCACUUGCUCAAGCAGAGCGAGGGUUCUAGCUACAAAUCUGCGUAUUUCUCGAACCGACCGCCAGUUGAGCCGAUGCGGUUGGUAGUGAUAGACGGAGCGGCGGCGUCGGCUGUCGCAGCCUCAGCCUUAUCUCCUAGGAUAUAUAAUGCAUCUGUUUUACUGAAGAUGCCUACUGUGCCGUCUAUCGAGCCAACAGUCCCUCACAACCACCAUUGGACACGGCGUAGUGGCAGCCACACUUCUUGCCACAUCGUGCGUCGGUUGUUAUCCGACCUUACCGAGCACUUGCCACUCGGAUCCGAAGAGCUACACACGUACCAGACGGAAUUACUGACAGUACAGCCUGAUGACAAUUCUGGUACGACAAGCGUCGAAGGCCGACCAACUUCUCCGACACUGCAGAAUGAACAACUCGACCACCAAAACCACGUUGGAACCGCUGCGGUCGUAACUGCCAAUCUAGCCGAGUCUUCUGUAACUGCUGCUACCGGUGUCACUGCAGUGGUUAGCGAUACCACUGCAGUGGUUAGCGAUAGCUCUGCCGCCGUCUCGGAGCCCUCAACAGACAGAUUGGAUCCCCGCGCAUCUACCAGCGCUGCUGGUGACUACCGAAAUGUCGCUGUGCAAGCUCCCGCGCGUUACCCCAGGGGCAAGCGUGACAACACAUCCAAAACAUCCAGAGAGCCACAAGUUACGCCAGAAGUGGCGCCAGCAGAGGUCUGGAUAGGCGACGUGCGUGCCCUGCGGGACUCGCACGUGCGGCUUGUGCGACGAGAGUUGCGUCACAUCGCCCGGUUAAAUCGCACCCUGGAUAACGCAAGGAACUGCUCGGAGUCCAAGGCUGCGCAACCGAGGGGUACAGUGCCAAAGCGCUCGCCACGCGCUACCCAUGAAUAGCCCAAAAAUAAAUCGCUUUACAAAAAUA